AUGUCAACAUCCAUCACAGUACCAGAUUCAAUUGCAGUUGAGUAUUAUUCUCCUGAGCCUCCAGCCCCAGCCGGAAGUGCUGUUGAGCCGCAACCUGAUGGGAAGCCAAUACCAAGGAUAUUCCAAAAACUAAAACUCAAGAAUUUGGAACUCCCAAAUAGAAUCGGCGUUUCCCCCAUGUGCAUGUAUUCGGCGGAUGCAAAUUUCGAAGCUACCCCCUUUCACCAAAUCCACUAUGGUCAAUUAUUUUUGAGGGGCCCUGGCUUGACUAUCGUUGAAGCUACUGCUGUUUCUCCAGAGGGCCCUUUAUCGCCCCAAGACUUGGGAAUUUGGACAGAUAAACAAGCAGAGAAACUAAAGGGAAUUGUUGACUUUGCCCAUGCUCAAAAACAAUUAGUAGCUGUACAAAUUGGCCACGGUGGACGCAAGGCAAGCGGUCUCGCGAUGUAUCUCCACCUGGAGCAAAUUGCAGAUAAAUCCAUUGGAGGGUGGCCCGAAAACGUGGUAGCUCCUAGUGCAAUUCAGUAUAGGCCAAACGGAAACUAUUUAACUCCGAGAGAAUUAACGAAUGAAGAGGUUAAAAGAAUCGUAAAAGAUUUUGGUCUGGCCGCCAAAAGAGCUGUUGAAAUUUCGGGCUUUGAUGCAAUCGAACUACACGGGGCUCAUGGCUACCUAAUCAGCGAAUUUCUGAGCGCUACUUCGAACAAAAGAACCGAUGAGUAUGGCGGUAGCUUCAAUAACCGAAUUAGAUUUCUACUCGAGAUCAUUGAGGAAGUCAAAGCGCAAGUUGGAGAAUCGGUUCCACUUUUGCUAAGAAUUUCGGCUAGUGAAAAUGUUGACGAAGAUGAAGACAGCUGGAAGUUGGAGGACUCUGUCAAGCUGGCUAAGAUAGUCGUUGAAAAGGGUGUGGACAUGCUUGAUAUCAGCUCCGGUGGCAACAACUAUAAGCAGUCCUCUAGAGGGAAGAAGGCAGUUCAUGCCCAGCUAUCUAAAGAAAUAAAGAAAGCUGUCGGUGACAGUGCAAUUGUUGCCUCCGUUGGUGGCCUAGCUUUAGACAUUGACGAAACGACGGAGAUGAUAGAGAGAGGAGACUAUGAUAUUGCUUUAAUUGGUAGAGAGUUUUUGAGAAACCCUGGGCUCGUUUGGAGUUGGGCCGACAAGCUCGGCAUUCGCAUCAAUCAUGCCCUUCAAUAUGGAUGGGGCUUUUACCCUAACAAAGAACAGAUUGUAGAGCUAAUUGAAAAGACUAAAAAUUUGUAA